AUGCCAGACCAAGACUCCCCUAACCCCACCGACCCCCAGCUCACCGCCCAAGAACCCGACCCGGACGACCAAAACCAACCCCAAGACCUCUCCUCCGACUCCGAGCCCGACUACUACUCCGACUCCUCCAUCGACGAACCCCAAUCCGCCGCUCCCGGCGCCAAUGCCGAGGUCGACGAAGCCCUCACUUACCUCCGCCCAGGCGAGGUCGUCCCGGAGGACCAGAACACGCCGGAGGUGAAUGUGAAGCUGUUCAAUCAGGUUCUUGAGGGGAAGAGAGUGAAGAGGAGGCAGGAGGAGGAGGACAAGGGGUACGUGUUCCAUGAGGACCUUUUCGAUUUUCCGGAGGACCCUGAGAAAUGGCGGGAGGAGGACUUGAAGGAGCUUUGGGGUGAUGCGCCGUUGGAGAUGACCAAACCGGGGUGGGACCCGGUUUGGGCUGAUGAGGAGGAUUGGGAGAUUGUUAGGGAUGAAAUUAGGGAGGGGAAUGACCCUCCCAUUGCCCCGUUUUAUGUUCCGUUCCGGAAGCCUUAUCCGGUUAUACCGGAAGAUCAUCAUGACAUUUCUAAUCCCAAGGCUGUCAUUGAGGAGCUGGAUAGGAUUGAGGAGUUCCUUGCUUGGGUCAGCUAUGUUUUCCCUGACGGCAGCUCGUAUGAGGGCACCGUGUGGGAUGACUUGGCACAUGGCAAGGGAGUCUAUGUUGCUGAGCAGGGACUGGUCAGGUAUGAAGGUGAAUGGCUUCAAAACAACAUGGAGGGUCAUGGGGUUGUUGAAGUUGACAUACCUGACAUAGAGCCUAUUCCAGGUUCCAAGCUUGAAGUACAGAUGCGUGCUGAAGGGCACAUAAUAUCAAGAGAUUAUAUGACCCCGGAAGACAAAGAAUGGUUGGAGAUGGAUAUUCAAGACAGCAUUGAUCUAGCAGGGGGGCGGUCCGUUAUUCCUUUUUAUGAAAAAGAUGAAUGGAUCAAACAUUUUGGGAGGAAACCGGAGAAAGGCCGAUAUCGCUAUGCAGGUCAAUGGAAGCAUGCCAGAAUGCAUGGAUGUGGAGUGUAUGAAGUCAAUGAGCGUACCAUAUAUGGUAGGUUCUACUUUGGGGAGCUAUUGGAGGAUGAUGCUGGUUGUGAUGAGGAUAUUUCAGCGCUGCAUGCGGGUAUUGCAGAAGUGGCUGCUGCUAAGGCUCGGAUGUUUGUGAACAAGCCUGAUGGAAUGGUUAGGGAAGAGAGGGGCCCGUAUAGUGAUCCUCAACAUCCCUAUUUCUAUGAAGAAGAAGAUGUUUGGAUGGCACCAGGCUUCAUAAACCAAUUUUAUGAAGUCCCUGAUUACUGGAAAACAUAUGUGCAUGAGGUUGAUGAGGAAAGGGAAAUGUGGUUGAACUCCUUCUACAAAGCUCCACUGAGAAUACCUAUGCCUGCUGAGCUUGAAUACUGGUGGAAAAACGAGGAGACUCCAGAAUUUGUUGUUAUUAACAAGGAACCAGAGCCUGAUCCUGAAGACCCAUCCAAGCUUAUAUAUACUGAAGAUCCACUUAUCCUUCACACACGAACUGGGCGGUUAAUCAACUAUAUUGAAGAUGAAAAACACGGAGUUCGCCUAUUUUGGCAGCCGCCUCUUGAAGAUGGGGAAGAGGUGGACCCAGAAAAGGCGGAGCUCCUUCCGCUUGGUUAUGACGAGUUCUAUGGAGAAAACAUUGGUGAGAAGAAACAAAACUUAUUGAUGCGACUUAUAUCAGCAGUGGAAAAUACAUGCAAACCUGUUUUUGAAAAACUGGAGAAAUGGGCUGAAGAGAAGAAGAAAGCAAGUGAGGUGAAGAUGAAAUUGAUUGAAAAAGAACUUGAACUUAUAGAGGCUGAACUGCGCCUGGAAGAGUUAAUUGAGGAUAUGGAUGAGGAGUUGAAGAUGAAAGAGAAAGAGGAGGAGAAGAAUGUGGAAAUGGUUUCGCUGGACGAAGAAGAUACUUCUCCAGUGGCUAACCAAGAUGAUAAAUUAAUUGAAGUGGAUGAAGUGGAAGAGGAAGAAGAAGAGGAGGAAGAUGAAGAUGAAGAUGAUGCUGCGCCAUCAAGUUUUGGCUCUGUAAGUGCAGAUAAGGAUGCUACUAAAAAUGGCCAGAAGGGUAAUAAACCUGGGCGAUCACCAUUUUCCACUUCCUCACUGGCAUUUGCUUCAAGUAGCCUUGUUUCUGGGGUUCCAUCCAAGCUGCAACAGUCAUUUUUAGCAUGGAAAGAUAGCAAAGCAAUACCAAAGACAGCUACUUCUUUACGCAAUGAGGCCUCUUGUUGUAACUUGAAAACAGUUGAUUUGGUGAGUUUCCCUCCUAUGCUUGUCCCAAAAGUAAACUUGAAAGCGAGAAAGCAAAGACACUUGAACAUCCAAGCCAAAAUCUCCUCAAAUAGGAGGCUAUCUCAGUUGCAGCCUUUAUCUCAAAUAAGCUCACAUCAUUCAGCUUCUAUGAACACAAGAAUAAGCCCAGGAGAAAUGAGAUUGAAGAACAAUAGUUGGCUGCAUGCAUCACCAGAGAGGGAGUCGGACAGUAUAUUGUCUUUGCACACACCAUGGUAUCUUUUGGAGCCAACUGUAGAAGCCAAACGUGGAUUUCUGGAGCAGCCUGUCUAUGCUGGACAACCAGGAAGUCACUACCUCCUCUGAUAUUGACAGAAAAUUCCAUGCAUGGUUCUUCUGAGUUUAAUUAUUAAAGCCAAAGGAAGAAGGCAAUGUAUAGCAACUUUGGUAAAUGGUGAAUUAAAGCAGUUUAAUAUGUGAUAUCUUGACUUUCAU